AGACGCGCCAUGGCCACAUUCUCCUCCACCCCGAUUGUCAUUGACGGCAAGGGCCAUCUUCUGGGUCGUCUUGCUUCGAUUAUCUCGAAGCAAAUUCUGAACGGCCAGAAGAUCGUCGUCGUCCGGUGCGAGGAGAUCAACAUCUCGGGCAGUUUCUUCCGCAACAAGCUGCGGUACCACAACUUCCUCCACAAGCGCCACAUCGUCAACCCGAAAAAGUCUGGCCCUUUCCAUCACCGCGCUCCCUCCAAGAUUCUCUACAGGGCCAUCCGCGGCAUGGUGCCUCACAAGACUGCCCGCGGCGCGGCUGCUCUUGAGCGCCUCAAGCUCUUCGAGGGUGUCCCUCCCCCCUACGACCGCAAGAAGCGCAUGGUCGUCCCUGAGGCUCUCAGGGUGCUUCGGUUGAAGCCCGGCCGGAAGUACUGCACGGUGAAGCGUCUGUCCCACGAAGUUGGCUGGGGCUACAAGGACGUCGUUGACCGUCUGGAGGAGAAGAGGAAGGUCAAGUCCCAGGCUUUCCACGAGCGCAAGACCGCGGCCCUCAAGCUGCGCCAAAAGGCCUUGACGGACGCGACACCAUCUUUCGAAAAGCUGGCGCAGCUCGGCUACUAGAUGGAGUAUCCACAUGGCAUAUCGCACUCGCACUUCGCGUCCCUCUAUGAUUAGCUGCCAUGACAUUCCAUGUACCUCGCCUAUUGCUAUCGUAUGCCUGAUCCGCGGGGACGACACUCAAUAUGAUACUACUGUUGCCGAGAAGGAUGGCGUUGCAGCCUCCCGGUUACCUGUAUAACAUAACUAGACGUGUUCGAAUGCAUUCGAUGUGUCUAGGUCGAUUUGAACGGC